AUGCACAUACCCACUUUCUUACCUCGGUGCACUGCCUUUUUGUCCUUCAUUCUCAGCAUCGAGGUUCAAGUAGCCGCUUUAUCCAACCAUGGCCCUACAAACUUUGGCGAGAACGUCACCGACAUCUACCAGUUCCAAAGCAAUGGUUCCUUUGUAGACAAUAUUGCCUUUCGACCAGAUGGAACUCUUCUAGCUACUCGAAUUGACGUCCCCGAAAUUUGGUCUGUUGAUCUGCGCACAGGCGCUGGAUCUCUCGUCUACAAAUUCAGCCGCGAUAGCCCCAACAUCACCAGCUGCUUCGGCAUUACUGAGAUCGACCAUGACGUUUUCGCCGUAAUAGCGGGGCAAUUUGAUGUGAACAAGUUCGCUGCAACUCCAGGUUCAUUUAGUGUCUGGAAACUAGAUUUCACAGUCCAGCACAACGACCAUUGCGAUACUUUUUUUGAUUGGCAAACGAAAAGGAAUGAGGGAGAGAAGCAAGAGACCAGUCCCACCGUUUCCAAAUUGGUUGACAUCCCUGAAGCCAAGGCCCUAGGUGCCUCAACCCUUCUCAAAAGCAGAGACUCCCGGUUUCUACUUAUCUCUGACAGCUCAGAAGGAAUGAUUUGGAGGCUUGAUCUCGAAACAGGAGAAUACAACCCUACUUUAUCUGACGGAUCCAUGCUUCCUGCUCAGAAUGGACCAGCUAUGGGGGUGAAUGGGAUUCAAGUACAUGAUGGAUAUCUUUACUACGCAAGUGUCACCAAGAGAGAGUUUCGCCGGGUACAGAUUGACGAUACUGCGAGCGCAAUUGGGCCUUACGAGCUAAUACUGGGUGACAUUACGCUUGAUAAUUUUGAUUUGGCUAUCGACGGAACUGUGUACUUUGCGACCAACACGGAGAACAUGAUAGUGAAGCUCACGGCUCAAGGAGAAAUUGUUCAGGUUGCUGGAGGCAAGAAUUCGACGGCUCUAGCUGGUCCAACUUGUUGUCGGCUGCAUCCAAGUGGAAAUAUAUUAGUUGUGGGCACCAAUGGCGGGAUAACUGCUCCUGUGAACAAUGGGUUUGAGGAGCCUGGAAAGUUGGCUACGAUUCGAAUUUGA